CUUACAGGACACUAUCUACAAACCCUUCAGAUUAUCAUGGACCGUCUUUACAGGAUUUCCUUUUUGACGCUUUUUCUCGCCGGUUGUCUACAAGGAAACCCAAUUUCCAGGCUUCAAGUUGGAAUCGAUUAUCUAGAAAAAAGUAUUACAUGUCCAGAUUCAGUCUUCUAUACUCCAACUGAUGUAGAGGAUAGUUGCAUUGUUGCAGCAUUGGCCUGUUCCAUUAAGGAACUGAACACUGUGAAAGUAGAAUGCCUCGAUAACGCGAUCCAUCUGGAAAGUAUGCAACACCACAUCAGCAAGACUGCCACGGACCUACAAAAGACGAUUGAUAAGGAGAAUAGCACAACGGACACUUCAGAAUGCAUCUGUGAAGACAAGCGGUUGGAAAAGUCUUUCAAGGACUUCAUUCAGAACCUAAGACAUUUAACUCAAGCUCAUGCUGCAAAGCGUCAAUAAGUCCAUAAAUGCUGGCAAUAGAGUGACUGUUGUAAUAUAUGGAACAUUACGUAAUUGGGACAAAAUACAUGCAAUACCAACAUGUACAGUAGUACCAUGUCUAUCUGUUCCAGUGAUAAAGAAGCUCUAGUAGCUUCCACUUGCUGAACAGUUAUAUGGGGGAAAAUGGGGGGGUUUUACAGGAAGUUUGUCAUUGCACCGAUACUCUAAUGUGUAUAAUCUAUCAUCUCUAACAAUUAGAGGCCCAUUUUUUGGUGUGAAAACCAGUUAAUUUCAUUGGUCAUGUAUGUCUCACUGGAUGUCCUUAACCGGAGAUAGCAAGUCCUCCAUAAUGAAGGAAGGUGCUAGGGAUGUUAUUAAUUAUGUUUUGUUUCAUUAUGUGAUUUCCAUAUACUGUGCCCGAAUGCCAGUGUUUCAGAGUUCUCAAUGUCUGUUUCAAUUAGAAUGUAUUUGAAAUAAGCUUCUAAAAAGCUCUAAUUAAGUUAUUUAUUUAUGUAUUUAUUACGUAUUUAUUAUAUUUUCAUUUCUGCACACUGUUCCGAAACCGUGAUAAUAAAGUUGCAUUUAAAAGUA